ACAGUAGAUUUGGAAAUACUCGAGAUUUCCCAAGUGUGUGUCGUAUCAUAUUGGAUAAAGAGAGUGUAACUGUCAACGCUACUCGACGCAAGUCAGCAUUGGAUACGCUUAGGGCAGGUGCAAGCCGGCUUGCUAGGUAAAAGCCUUACCCGCAAACCCCGUUCGCGCAUGCUUAGCGUGGGUUAAUCGAAAGACCGGAGAUCAGCGGCCCUACGUAGCUUUUGCUGGAAAGUUGCGCAAAACAUCCCCACCAGAUAUCCCCGUCAGAAACAUGGCAACUGAAGCGCCCUCCACCAAUGAUGCCCCGAGUGGUGAUUACCAAGCAGUAUGGGCGAACAAGUAUCGCGGCGCGACAGUAGAAGACCUUGACCCCCCGCCUGCACUCUCAUUCAACCCACCGACCCAAUCUCAUGGGCUCUCAUGUCCGGUCUAGAGCGUGAUUAUACACACCUCACUGUCAUCUCGCAAACAAAUCGCGCUCUGCUUGGUUACAUUAGCAUCCCGCACCUUCAACAACUCCUCAAAGAAGGCAAGGUCAAGGAUACCGACAAAGUCGAGGCGGCCAUGCACAAGUUUCAGCGACGCGGCAGAAGAUACAAAGUCAUCACCACUGAGACACCGCUGGAGGAGCUAGAGGAGUUCUUCAAUGGCGGGGUGGACGGCAGUGGGAAACAGGAGUUUGCAGUUGUGACGGAUACCAGCAGGAAAUUUGUGCUUGGAGUCGCUACACGUGCGGACCUGGAGAACUUUGCUAAGAGAAGGGCAUAAUCUGGUUAUGAGCUCCAAGGGGUCUCCUGGUGGGAUGCAUUAAAAGGCGUUUACUGGAUACCACAUGACCGGUGUUAAGGAAGGCUGGAUUCAACACUUGUCUUUGGGACUACGAGGCCUAAGGAAACAAUCAAAAUCGCAUCAUCUUAUACGAU